UAUAAAUGACAUUAGCUCAAAGUCUAAAUUAUUAGUUUAUAUAGUAAUUAAAAUGCCGGGAAUUCGGGAAUUUAGAACAUGUUGCGAUUGCAAUUCAAUAGUAGAAACGACUCAUUCGCCUGGUUUACAUGAUGAUUGUGAAUGUAAUAUGGACUUUCUUGGAACUCAAUAUGAUAGAUACAGCUACAAAAGAUUUCUAUAUCCACAAAAUAUGAAAUGGAUGCAAUGCAGGUAUCCAGGAAUUUCUAAGAAAACAUCGUUUAAAAAUAAACAUUUAACCGCCAUUCAUUCCCCACCAUGGUGGAAUUUAAAUAAAUUUAAUAAAAUUUCGCUAGGUAGUAGUUUAAACCUUUGCACAAGCGACGAACAAUAUCAAGAAUGUACCAAGUUAUCUUCAUUGGAAAUGAAAAGGGCGGUUGGUUUAGUAUAUCCAUGCUUCAUAGAUGACAACAAUCGAAACAAAAGAAAACUUAGAAGUACAACAAAUUUUCGUGACGGUAAGAAACCAAAAGAGCUAACGACAGUCUACAAAAGAGAAUGCGACAUGACAUCAUUAAGUACAUCAGAUUCUGGAACGUUAUGCUCUUCUAUUCAUACACAACGUGAAAUACUUCAAGUUCCAUCUGUCAAUUUGAAGUACAAUACUCCUGAGACCAACGUGGAAUGUUGUUUAGUAGAAAGGGUGAUACCUUUUAAAAGAGACAACACUGGUUAUUUUGAAGUUGUUUCACCGAAUGAUAAUUUUGUACCAGGAAAGACUCGCAAGUCUCGAGGGAAACAUAAAAAAAAUAAAGUCCAACUUACGACAACAACAGUAACAACACCCGUGUCAGAAGGAUUACAAGAAACAAAGAUACAAAAUAAUAAGAAAGAUGUGCUAACUCCCAUUAUUGAGUAUAAACCAGAUCAAGCACCAACGAAUUACGUUACUGCAAAGUCUUACCAUUCGAUAAUAAGAACAAAGGAAACAUCUUAUACUCCAGACGAUAUUGAAAACAUAAAUUAUGAAACAAAAAGAAUUUCGACGUUACAUAAAGAAGACGUAAAAAGAGUGUCGUUUUUAGAGCUUGAUAAAUUUCCUACCAAAAUUAAUAAGGAUAUCGAUGCUAAACGAUUAAAUGAUAUCAAAAUGGAGGAUAAAUCUUUAUCCGCACAUUUAUCGUCAUCUAGUGAUGAUGGAAAGCUACCUCCUAGUAUUACAAAAAUUUUGACUGAAUUAUUAUUAGACCCAGAACAUGAAAAAGUCAUUAAAAAUGUUCUUCAUAGUUUAGCACGGAAAGCUGCCAUAAGAAAAUCGUUAUCCAACACCAUCUUAGAAUUAAAAGGGAAAGAAAAACUGGGAAUAUCGAAAAGGAGAAGUUCUGGAUCUAUCCAGAAUGUGAGUAGCUCCGAUUUGGACCGUUUGCACUUUGAAAAAUAUAAAGCAUCAGUAGAUGUGGCGAUUAAACUGUUGGAGGAUCGUAUGACGAAAAAGAUUUACGAUGCGGUGAGAAGCAAAGAACAUAAACGAAAACGGAAAGAAGAUACAGAAAAAUAUUAUAAAGAUAUAGUUACUUGCAGUGUUGAUAAAGAGAGUUAUGUUAAAGGGAAAGCUCGUCGUGGAUUAGAUUCGCAAAAUUCUUUGCUUUCUUUCAAAGAUUUGGCAGAGAAACCAUACCCAAGUGAAGAUAUAAGAACUACGUUAGCAUAUAACUGUCACGUUAAACCAUCUACAAGUCCAUUUAAGAAAAAUCAAGAAAAAUACGAACAUCCUCGACGAAAUACUUUUAGUAUACCGGGUCAAAAUGACUUGCGUCAAAAUCAAAGUAAUGUAGGACAACCAACAAAUAGUCCGCGAGAAAACAAAGCAAAUGAUGUUGAAAAAAAUGAGGAAAAUCCAACGAAAGAAGAAGCAUUAUUGAAAAAAACUGAAUCUAAAACAAAAAUUAUAAAUAGUUCCACCCAACUGAGUAACAAUGAAUUUACACCAAUGCUUCAAAAUUGCGAAGAAUUUAUAGAAACGAAUAGUAAGAAAGUAUCUCCAGCAGAUAAUUCUAAUGAAGAUAGUAUGGAUUCAAACAAUAGUUAUCCGAGAGGUUUUCGAGAAGUGUGCCGCAAUGAUACUAAAAGAAGACGAGAAGAUAAACAUCCAAGAAAAACAUCGCCUGAUUAUCAAGUAGAUAACGAAAAAAUCCACCGCUUCCAGCAUAAAAAGUAUCAAGAUAGUAAAACAAGAUAUAAAAGUAGUUCUCGUGAUGUUUUAUCACUGAGUGAACAUCCACGAAAUUCUGUUUAUAAACAUCCUAUAGAUUACUGUAAUAUAUCACCUCCAAGAGAUUAUCGCGAUAACAAUAAUGUUUAUGAAAAUCAAUUUGAAGUAAGAGAUGUAAUUUUAUCACCUCCAGAUACAUCAAUUUCCGAAAAAGAUAGUUAUGGUCCUCAAAAUAACGAUAACGGACGAUUACCACGUAUUCAAGAAUCUAAAGAAAAUAAUAAACCUAUACUUAAUACAAAAACCAUGCAACCUAACCAUUACAAUCGAUUUCAUCCGGAAUACCCAGACAAAUUGUUUAGUAGAAACACGAUUGAAAAAGUUGAUGCUUUAUUCAAUAAUAAUAAACAUCCUGUACCAUUGGAUUAUAGCCUAAAUCCUAGUAGCAAUAGUACAUCUGUUACUCGCACUUCGCAACAUGACACCCAUUCAGUUGGAAGUAAACAAUUUUCAACACCACCGAUUUCAUCUUCUAACGAAGACGAAAAAGUAAGAAAAUCAAAUAAAAGUAGUAAUUUAGGACAAGAAACGAAAAUGAAAUUUAGUGAAUCUACUAAUCGAUGUCGACGGCUACCACAAUAUGAUGAUAACGAUGAUUCUAGGGAUUAUAAUGAAAUUAUGCCACCCGAAUAUUAUUGUAAUUAUGGUUGGUAUAUGAGACCAUAUCAAAAUAGUCCGAUGGGACAUUAUGAUAACUUACCCUAUAUGAAUAGGAUUCAACCCAAAAAUUAUCCAUCGGCACAUAGUUCUCAAGAUUCUCUACACGAUCCUUAUACUUAUGGACCUAUUUAUUCUGAACGGAUUAGGUAUACUUGUAGAUUUCAAGGAACCGAAAAUGCAAACUUAAUAAGCUUUGUGGUAUUUUUGAUGCUAUUUAUCGGGUUGUUUCAAUAUCUAAAUAUUCAUAUCACGUAACAAAAGUAUAUAUAAGAUCAAAUCUAAGCAUUCUCUUUUGUUUUCUUAAAUACUCUCUCAGGAUUUAAUGUAUUGUACUCAAAUAAUAUUUUUAAUAAUAAUCAAACGUUGUAUACAAGUGA